GUUAAUGUUUCUGCUUCCUUUUCUAUUGAGGCUUCGAGCAAGAGGGAGGCCAAUUUAGGCUUUGCUCGUUAAUGCUAGGUUUAUCCAGCGCCAUCCUGUGUGAAGGCAUUAAGUAAUCUCUACAAACAUGACAGAGCAGAUGACACUGAGGGGGACCCUGAAGGGUCAUAAUGGCUGGGUCACUCAAAUCGCUACAACUCCUCAGUUUCCAGACAUGAUUUUAUCCGCCUCCAGAGACAAAACUAUAAUCAUGUGGAAGCUAACGCGUGAUGAGACCAACUAUGGCAUCCCUCAACGUGCACUGCGUGGUCACUCCCACUUUGUAAGUGAUGUCGUUAUCUCCUCUGAUGGACAGUUUGCACUCUCUGGAUCUUGGGAUGGAACCUUGAGAUUGUGGGAUUUGACAACAGGCACAACUACCAGACGCUUCGUUGGCCACACCAAGGAUGUACUUAGUGUUGCCUUUUCUGCUGAUAAUCGACAGAUUGUAUCCGGCUCCCGUGACAAGACCAUAAAGCUAUGGAAUACUCUGGGAGUCUGCAAGUACACUAUCCAGGAUGAAGGCCAUACUGAAUGGGUUUCUUGCGUCCGCUUCUCUCCAAACAGCAGCAAUCCUAUCAUUGUGUCAUGUGGUUGGGACAAGUUAGUUAAGGUGUUGAACCUGGCAAAAUUCCAAGCCUUUAUAAACCUGGAGAACACUUCUGCAUAUGCAGAACUGUUCAUACCAACCCUCUACAAGCAUGUUAAUAGCUGCAUAGCGGCAGCUGUACCCACUAGGAAGACGUAUAGAACUAACUCGAACAAGCCACCCUGGUGGAAUCGCAUAAUCAGUCAGACGCACCUCUUACUUUUUGCCAUUAUUUUCUUCCUCCUGUUGGGUGGUAAGGAUGGCCAGGCAAUGUUGUGGGACCUAAAUGAGGGUAAACAUCUGUACACUUUGGAUGGUGGUGAUACCAUUAAUGCUUUGUGCUUCAGCCCCAACCGGUACUGGCUGUGUGCUGCCACAGGACCCAGCAUCAAGAUCUGGGAUCUGGAAGGCAAGAUCAUUGUUGAUGAGCUGAAACAGGAGGUUAUCAGUAACAGUAGCAAGGCUGAACCACCACAGUGCACGUCUUUGGCCUGGUCUGCUGAUGGACAGACCCUGUUUGCUGGAUACACGGAUAACCUGAUCAGAGUUUGGCAAGUUACCAUUGGAACACGAUAAAUCAGCAGACAAAAGUUCUGGACUGCUAUAAUAAUUAAAAUCAAUUUUUUUUGAGUUA